CAUCGCGGUAUCUUUUAGUCGAGCAUUUUAAUUUUACAGUGAUGUGGUAAUAAACCAUCCGUUUAAGAAAUAGGUAAUUGUUUUAUGUUGCUUGGAAGGCGGAUCAUCUUGCCUUCUUUUUUAUUACCUAUUUCGACCGUUUAUAGGAAUUAUACCCAGCAGCCAUGACCACCAAAGACCCAGUUGUAGCUGCCCGAUUAGCUCGUAAUCGUGAAAUCGCCCUGAAAGCCGGAAGAAAAUUAGCUCGAUGUAAACCCGGCGAAGAAGUUGUGAUUUCAGGAAUAUCGGGCGUAUUCCCCGAUUCGGACAAUGUUAAACAUUUCGGCGAAAAUUUACUCGCCAAGAAAGAUUUAAUCUCAGACGACGACAGAAGAUGGAAAUUAGAACAUCCUGAAAUCCCUCAAAGAACUGGUAAAUUAAACGAGGUGAAUAAGUUCGACGCUGCGUUUUUCGGUGUCCAUUACAAACAGGCUCAAACUAUGGAUCCUAUGUCCAGAAUAUUAUUGGAGAAAGCUUACGAAGCGGUUGUUGAUGCUGGUUACAACCCAAAACAACUGAGAGGAACGAAAACCGGAGUAUUUGUCGGAGCUUGCUUCAGCGAAUCUGAAAAAACCUGGUUCUACGAAAAAAUCCAAAUCGACGGAUUCGGUAUUACAGGAUGUUCUCGAGCCAUGUUAGCCAACAGAAUUUCCUACUGGCUGGGCAUCAACGGACCCAGUUACACGGUAGAUUCAGCUUGUUCAUCGAGUUUAUACGCCUUAGAACACGCUUACAAAGCAAUCAGAGACGGAGUUUGUGACGCAGCUAUCGUCGGAGGAUGUAAUUUAUGUCUACAUCCUUACGUAUCUCUUCAAUUCGCCCGUCUCGGUGUGUUGAGCGCUGACGGAAAAUGCAAAUCUUUCGACGAAUCAGCGAACGGUUAUUGUCGUUCGGAAACUGUGGCGGUGGCAUUUUUACAAAAAAUGAAAGACUCUCGUAGAGUCUACGCUAGAGUCGUUCACGCUAAAACCAACUGCGAUGGGUAUAAAGAACAAGGUAUCACUUACCCUUCCGGUCUCAUGCAAAAAAGACUUCUGGAAGAGUUCUACGAAGAAUGUGAAGUCAAACCAAACACAUUGAACUUUGUAGAAGCUCAUGGAACCGGUACAAAGGUCGGUGAUCCCGAAGAAGUCAAUGCUUUAGAACAGGUAUUCUGCCCAGGACGUACCACUCCCCUGAAAAUCGGCUCGGUUAAAUCGAAUAUCGGUCACUCAGAACCUGGAUCCGGUUUAUGCAGUGUGACCAAAGUCGUACUCGCCUUCGAACUUGGAAUGAUUCCACCUAAUAUCAACUUGAAAACACUUCGUUCCGAUAUCGAAGCUUUCCAUACAGGAAAAAUUACCGUCGUAACUGAACCAACUCCUUGGGAAGGAGGAUUAGCCGGAGUUAACAGUUUCGGAUUCGGUGGUGCCAAUUGCCACGUUUUGUUAAGUUCGAAUCCAAAAAAUAAGGUCGAUAAUGGCACGCCUUUGGAUGAUUUACCACGUUUGGUAUGCACUUCUGGUCGUACCGAAGAAGCCGUUGAUGUCAUUUUAACCGAUUUAGAAAACAGAACAUUGGAUGCAGAAUUCGUUAGACUGCUUCACGAAGUUCACAGCGAAGAUAUCCCCGGCCAUAUUUACCGUGGAUAUACAAUUUUAAAGAAAGAAAGCCAACCUGAACCAGUCAGACAUAUCGAAGUGUGUACUCAAGUCGUUAUACAUAUUAAUCGCCUUGUAUUAAAAAAAAAAAUUCUCAACCUUGUGUCAUUUUUUCUUCAGUAUUUCCCCGGAGAAAGAAGACCAAUUUGGUUCGUUUUCGCUGGAAUGGGUUCCCAAUGGCCUGGAAUGGGCAAAGAUCUCAUGAAAAUCCCAGUUUUCGCCGAAUCCGUCCAAAAAAGUCACCAAACACUGAAACCGAAAGGAGUCGAUUUGAUCCGAAUCAUCACCAAUAAUGAUCCUAAGACUUUCGACAAUAUUUUAAAUUCUUUCGUCGGUAUUGCCGCCAUCCAGAUCGCUCUUGUCGAUCUACUGAGAGCUAUUGGAUUAAAACCAGACGGUAUUAUUGGACACUCUGUAGGAGAAUUAGGUUGUGCCUACGCUGACGAAUGCUUUACAGCCGAACAAAUGAUCCUGGCCGCUUACUAUAGAGGUUUAGCUUCCCUGGAGACUGAAUUUAUUCACGGAUCUAUGGCUUCGAUUGGUGUGGGAUACGAUACUGCGAGACAUUUGGUACCUUCGGAUAUCGAUAUUGCUUGCCAUAAUGGUCCAGAAAGCUGUACGGUAUCUGGUCCUUCGGAAUCUGUUAAGAAAUUCGUUACAUCGCUUCAAGAAAAGGGUAUUUUCGCCCGAGAAGUUAAAGUGUCCAAUAUCGCUUAUCACAGCAGAUAUAUCGCUGAUGCUGCUCCGAAACUUAUGUCGUAUUUGAGAAAGAUCAUCCCCGAACCCAAACUACGUUCAAGCAAAUGGAUAAGUUCAUCGAACCUGGAAGCCGACUGGAAUAAAGAAAAAGCCAAAUACUCGUCCGCCGAAUACCACACCAACAACCUUCUCAGCUCAGUGUACUUCGAAGAAGCCUCUCAUAACGUUCCAGCUAACGCCAUAGCUAUCGAAAUCGCUCCCCAUGGUCUUCUACAAGCCAUCUUAAAACGAUCCUUGAAAAAGGACGUUAUCAAUAUACCUUUAACUUUGAGGAAUCAUCCCGAUAAUUCGGAAUUCUUACUAGCAGCUUUGGGAAAAAUAUACGAAGCUGGCGGCAAUUUCAAUUUGGCCAAUUUAUAUCCCGCCGUUGAAUUCCCAGUCAGUCGUGGUACACCUAUGAUCGCUCCUUUGGUUAGAUGGGAGCAUAGCGAAGAUUGGUACGUUACUUCGUAUCAAAUGCAAGAAAAAAUCAAAUCCGGAGAACGUUCUGUGGUUAUUUCAUUGAAAGAUGACGAACUCGAGUAUCUAUCUGGUCACGUUGUCGAUGGAAGGAAUCUGUAUCCUGCUACUGGAUAUUUGAUGCUGGCUUGGGAAACGAUCAGUUUAAUGAGAGGAGAAUUAUAUUCCGAAGUUCCAGUGGUGUUUGAAAACGUCAGAUUUAACAGAGCCACAAAUAUUCCCAAAGAAGGCAACAUCGACUUCACAAUCAUGGUGCAAAAAGGCAGCGGUAAUUUCGAAGUGGUUGAAGGAGGCGCUGCCAUCGUCACCGGUCGAAUUUACGUACCCGAAGAUGUCAACAAAGAAUGCAUUAAUAUGCCACCUUUGGAAGAUACCCCAGAUAACACUGAAAAAUUACCUUUGACUAAUAAAGACGUGUACAAAGAAUUAAGACUUAGAGGAUACAAUUAUAAAGGAUUAUUCAGAGGAGUCACUUACGCUAAUAACGAAGGAAACGUCGGUCGUAUCGCAUGGGUGAAUAACUUCGUCGCCUUCAUGGAUAACAUGCUGCAAAUGCAAAUCUUACAAGAAGACACCAGAGGCUUAUUCGUACCUACCUCGAUCCAAAAAAUGGUCAUAAAUACCAAAAAACAUUUCAGCAUACUGCACACUUUGGACGAAGAAAAACCCGAAUUCCCCGUCUACGUUUACAAAGAAAUCGAUCUAAUUUCAUGCGGAGGUAUCGAAGUAAGGAAUCUCAGGGCUAGUGCCAUCACCAGGAAGAAGCCCUUGGGCGAACCUGUCUUGGAGAAAUUCCAAUUCGUGCCUCAUAUCAAUCUACAACCGACCGAUUUCAAAGAUAUUAUUCGUAUUUCUACGCAUUUGGCUUUGGAAAAUGCCCCCAUGAUUAAAGUGAAAACGGUCGAAUUGAUUGAUAGUUUUGCUAAAACAGAAGGACCUCUGGUUUCGAAAAUUUUAGUCAACGUGUUAGGCGAUCUUCCAUUAAUUCAGGCUGAUAUCGUCGUCUUGGCGAAUAACGAACAUGCUCUCGUAACCGAAGAAGAAUUAACCGGAUUAACAGUCGAAGAUAAGAAAUUACCAGCUGAUCAAAGUUGCCUGAUGGUUAUUGCAUCUCAAUUACUGAACAGAAAAGACAUACUUCAAACCGCUCUGACAUCUUUAAAAGAUGGCGGAUUUAUUCUCACCAGAGAAAACACCGAAGAAAAAAUACCCUUCAAUACGCUCGGAUUGGACGUAUGCUUAGAUUACACUUUCAACGAUGAAAGAAUUCUACUCGUUCGUAAAACCGUCGAAGUGAACUUAGACCCGGUUGUAAUUAAAAUCGGCGGAAAUACCUUCUCUUGGGUGCCCGAAGUUCAAAAAGCAUUAACUUCGUUGAACUCUGGUAAAAAUCAGAAACUAGUCGUUUACGCCGAAAAAGAAAAACUCAACGGUAUCUUGGGAUUCUUCAACUGUAUACGAAAGGAACCUUACGGAGAACAAGUUCGAUGUUUCUUCAUCAUGGACGAAACCGCACCCAACUUCUCUCUUCAACAUCCACUGUACAAAUCACAAUUUGCCAAAGAUCUAAGUCUAAACGUGUACAAAAACGGAACAUGGGGAACCUAUCGCCAUCUUUUGCUGGAAAACGUAGAUAAUGUGAAAGUACCUCACGCUUAUGUCAAUACUUUAGUUCGUGGUGAUUUGACCACGUUGAGAUGGAUCGAAGGACCCUUGGAUCCAACUGUACAUAAACCCAAAGGUAAAUACUCGAUGCUGGUUCACGUUUACUACGCUCCGUUGAAUUUCCGUGAUAUUAUGUUAGCAACUGGAAAAUUGGCUAGCGAGGUCAUCAUCAAAAGUCGUAUUGAUCAGGAGUGCGUUCAAGGUUUCGAAUACGCUGGCAAAGCUGAAGAUGGACAACGUUACAUGGGUAUGAUUGUAGCCAAAACUAUGGCAACGGUGAUCGAAAGUGAUUUACGUUUGCAAUGGAAAGUACCAGAUGCGUGGUCUUUGGAGGAAGCUGCAACUGUACCAGUAGUUUAUGGAACAGUUCUUUACGCUUUAUUAAUCUGUGGCCAUAUGAAAAAAGGCGAAUCUAUUUUAAUUCACGCCGGAAGUGGUGGUGUCGGCCAAGCUGCAAUUAAUAUAUGUUUAUUCUACAAUUGCGAAAUUUUCACCACCGUUGGUACUCCUGAAAAAAGAGAAUUUAUUAGAAAAACUUUCCCCCAGAUCCCAGAAAGCCACAUCGGUAAUUCGAGAGAUACCUCGUUUGAACAAAUGGUCAUGAGAGAGACGAACGGUAAAGGAGUCGAUAUGGUUUUGAACUCGUUAGCCGAAGAAAAAUUACAAGCUUCGGUUCGUUGUUUGGGCAAAGGAGGUCGAUUCAUGGAGAUAGGAAAAUUCGAUUUAGCUAAAAAUAAUACUCUAGGAAUGGAACAUUUCUUAAAAGAAAUCAGUUUCCAUGGUGUCAUGUUGGAUAAUUUAUUCUACGCCAAAACUAAAUGGAAGCUCGAGCUUCGUGAUUGUUUACAGAAAGGUAUCGAUGAAGGUGCCGUCAAACCUUUAGUCAGAACAGUAUUCGCUGCCGAUGAAGUAGAAGCAGCUUUCAGGUAUAUGGCAGCUGGUAAACAUAUCGGUAAAGUGUUGCUGAAAAUACGUGACGAAGAACCAGAUUUACGUGCAAAACCUCAAAUUCUACGGUUCGAUGCUGUUCCUCGAUAUUUGUGCUCGGAGAGCGAAUCGUACAUUUUAUGCGGUGGACUUGGAGGUUUCGGUUUAGAAUUAGCUGAUUGGCUGGUGUUGAGAGGAGCUCGUAAUUUAGUUCUCACAUCGAGAAAAGGUAUUAGCACCGGUUACCAGGCGAUGAGGGUUAGAAUAUGGAGAUCCUACGGCGCAAAUGUGAUCAUAUCGACCGAAGAUAUUACCAAAGAAGAAGGAGUCAAGAAUGUGAUCGAUACAGCCAAUGCUUUGGGUCCUGUGUCCGCUAUAUUUAAUCUCGCUGUCGUUUUACAAGACGCAGUAUUCGAAAACCAAACCGAAGAAACAUUCGUCGCUUCAGCCGGCCCCAAAGCCCUCGCAACUUACUACUUCGAUCAACUAUCGAGGAAAUUGUGCCCUCGUCUGCAGCAAUUCGUCAUCUUCUCCAGUGUAAGUUGCGGUCGAGGUAACGCUGGCCAGACCAAUUACGGUAUGUCCAACUCGGUUAUGGAGAGAAUUUGCGAAGCCAGAAAAGCUGAAAACUUACCAGCUCUAGCUAUCGAAUGGGGAGCCAUCGGAGAAGUCGGUUUAGUCGCUGAUAUGGCUGAAGAUAAUUUAGAAGUCGUUAUCGGUGGUACCUUGCAGCAAAGGAUAUCCUCGUGUUUGGAAGUCAUGGACUAUUUCAUCAAACAGCCAAAUCCCAUCGUCGCCAGUAUGGUCGUGGCUGAGAAACGUUCUGGUAGCAGUGGAAGUGGAACUAUUGUCGACACUGUUGCCAAUAUUUUAGGUUUAAGAGAUUUGAAAACAGUAAGUUUACAUUCGACCCUGGCUGAACUUGGAAUGGACUCCAUGAUGGGAGUAGAAAUCAAACAAACGCUAGAACGUGAAUUCGAAGUAUUCUUAACUCCUCAAGAUAUCAGAGGAUUAACAUUCGCUAAAUUAUACGAAAUCGCAGCAGCAGCUGAAAGCGAAGAUAAAACAGAAGCAUCAGGAGCUGCCAAAAAACCCACCGACUCCACUCAACCUAGUGAAUUAGGAAUGCAUUACUUUAUGCGUCUCGUCAGCGAUGAAACUAAAGCUGCUAAACCUAUUGUCAGAAUACCCUCGCUUGCUGACGAUGGAUCUACUCAAGAAGUAUCCACCAGAACUAACCCUACUGUGUUCGUUAUUCCAGGAGUUGAAGGUAUUGCAAAUGUCAUGGAACCCUUGGGUGUCAAUCUAAAUCUCCAAGUGCUCUGCCUACAAUACAGUUACGAAGAUCCUCCCGAAACCAUCCAAGGAAUAGCCAAGAGUUUAAUGGUGCACAUCACCAGCAGAUUACCACCCAACCAAGAAUUCCACAUUAUUGGUUACUCAUUCGGUGGUAUGGUUGCAUUAGAAGUGGUCAGACUAUUAGAAGAAGAAGGAAGAGUUGGUCGUUUAUGGUUAAUUGACAGUUCGCCCGAAUUCUUGAAAACUAUUACUAAAUUAAGUUUCAUAUCAACGACCGAUCAAAUCGAUAACGAAGUGCAAGUUAAACUGAUUCUUAGAUUUUUGGAUUUAAUUUGGCCCGAAGCAUCGAGCGAAAUCGCCGAUCAAUUAUAUCAACUACCUGACUGGAAUUCUCGUUUAGAUUUAGUUAUUGGUUUAACACCGCCUGAAAUUAAACACAGUAAACGUUACCAACGAGCAUUGAUGACCGCCGGAUACCUUCGUAUUAAAGCUGUAUUAGACUAUGUAGGAUUACCUGAAAAUUGCCUGAAAGCUUCGACUACUUUAAUUAGACCUACGGAGAUAUCAUUACAAAUGGCUGACGAUUACAGUUUAUCACAGUUCUUCCAAACACCGGUCAAAGUACAUUUCGUCGAAGGAAAUCACUUCACUAUUUUAGAGAAUAAGAAAACUUCAGAUGUGAUCACCGAAGGAACUGUGUACCACGAAAGGCUAAUGUUCAAAAACAAUCUGAACGAAGGAAAAAUGACACCACUCGUUGCAAAUUCGAAGCAAUAAGCAUCGCUUGCGAAUCGAAUAAUCCAACUUGAUUGAUUCCAUCCUGAAAUACAUCCGCCAAUUUAUUUUAGUUAAUUAAGUCGAAAAUAAAGUGUUUCUUCAAA